AUGCGCGUGUCUCCAAUGAGUCCAAAGUUCGGCAAGGUUGCCAGCAGGCCCAUCGCCCCGGUCGCCCGGUACAACCCCAUGGUCAGCGGGCAGCCUGGGGCCCCGGCCCCUCUCUCGCCCAGUGCCAGUGGCCAUGCCCUCGUGUUGCCGGUCCCCAGGGACAAUGGCACCGCUUCGAUCAGCCCGGAGGACAUGGCCGACUUUGAGGCGGCCACCAACUUUGUCCGUGCCUUGUUGCAUGACAAGUUUUGCAAGGGGUUGGUGAGGAACGUGGAGAACUUGUGCCCGUCUGUGCACAAGGCACUGCGGGCCGUGGACGGGGCCAUGUCGCGCAUCCUGGCACGCCAUGGGCUGCAGGCGUUCCCGCUGCAGGGCAAGGCCGCCACCGUCCCCGGCGGCGUCCCCAACCCCCUCUUGGCAGUGCCAGAUGACGUGCGGGAGAGGCUGUACCGCAACAUGCACCGCCUGCGCGCGGUGGCCAACAAGCUGCCCUCGCCCUUCCCGCCCGCCCUGCGGGCGUGCGCCGCCCUCGCGGUCUCACUCCUGCGCCAGAACUUCUUCACCCAGGGCCAGGCGCGCAUCCUGCUGCCGCUCUGGGAGGGCGAGGCCGGCCAGGGGGGGCUGGAGCCGGACAGCACGACCAGCCCCGACCCGGGGCCGGCGGCAUCCGCAGUCAAGGGGUCCGGGAAGGGGAACUCGGGCCCAGCAGAGACCGCAGGGAGGCCCGCCGAUGCCGACCAGGGAGCCCCCACGCAGGACCAGCCAGGCGUCGGGCGGGGGUCGGGCGGCAGGCCGCCCCUGCCCCCGCAGCAGGAGCGGUGGCGGAUGCAGGGGCAGGCACCGCUUGCCUCCUGCGCUGUGUCUGGCAGGGAGAGGGACGCGGACCUGGCGGAGGCUGCAGGCCAGCCGGGGCCCAGCUUCGUGCUGCCCAUCGAUCCGCGCCGGGCGCCGGCGGCAGGCCGAAAGGGGGCCCGGGGCCCGAGUGCAGUCGCGAGUGCCCCUCACAUUCCCGACAGGGUCGCAUCCGGUACCGGGGCCGACCCCAGACAGACCAGGGUGAACUCGAGGGAACCCCCGGCGACCAUGGCCCAGGCGCCGCAGAGCGGUGCAGGGCAGGGCGCGGGCACGCCCGCCUUGGCGGCACGGGAAGCGGGUUCUGUGCCUGAGAAGAGGCCCGUGGGGAUGGAGGGGUUCGGUGCGGCGGCCAUGCCCGCGCGUCGUCCGGCGGCGCACCCUGCGGCCCCGCAGCCCGCAGGUGAUCCCACGGAGCGCUGCCCGACCCCGCCCGGCGUGGCGAGGCCCGGUGAGGCUGUGCUGCAGAGCGUCCAGCCACAGGCGGCCCAGAACCUGCUGCGGCGCGGCAAGUUGUCGCUAGUGCUGGACCUGGACCACACCCUGCUCAACAGCUGCACCUUUGCCGACGUGGACCAGCAGAGCGACCGCGACCUCCCGAGCCGCCUGCUGGCCCACCUACGCUGCGAGGCGGCGGCGCUGGGGGCGGAGGACCGCCAGCUCUUCCGCCUGGACGACGUGCAGGUAUGGACCAAGCUGCGCCCCGGCGUCCGCGCUUUCCUUGCCGGUGCUGCCGAGCUGUUUGAGAUGACAGUGCACACCAAUGGGCGGCCAGACUAUGCGGCCGCCGUGAUGCACGUCCUGGACCCGGAUGGCAAGUACUUUGGGUCGCGGGUGGUGGCUCAGGGCGGCGACUGCCUCAAGACGCUGGAGGAGGAGGGCUUGGCGGGGCUGGACGCCGUGGCAGUCAUCGUGGACGACAACCACACGGUGUGGCCCAGGAACGCCGCCAACCUGGUGGCGGUGGAGCAGUACCACUACUUCCCCUCCAGCCGCACGCGGCAGGGACUGCACGGACCCGCGCUGUUGGACCUCGCGAGGGAUGAGUCGGUGGCCGGGGGCAUGCUGGACGUGACCCUGGGCAUCCUGCGCGAUGUGCAUGCCGCGUUCUGGGCGGCGCUGUGCGCGCCGCCCCGCGCGCCGCCCGCGGCCCCAGACGUGCGGCCCGUGCUGGCGGAGCGACGCCGCGCUGUGUUGGCCGGCGUGCGCCUGGUGUUCAGCCACGUCAUCCCGUUGGGCGCCCCCGCCCCCUCCCACCCGCUCUGGGUGGGCGCCGAGCGCUUUGGGGCGCAGUGCUCCCUGGCCCUGGAGACCGGCAGCACCACGCACCUCUUGGCCGGCAACCCCGGCACGGAGAAGGUAAUCCAGGCGCGUGCGGCUGGGAUCUGGGUGGUUACCCAGGGCUGGCUGGAGUGCUCGCAGGUGCUGUGGCGGCGCGCCGACGAGAGGCGCUUCGAGCUGCGCUGA